AUGGAGAGCGCUGCUUCUGUUGUUCCACCUUGUGGUGAUAUUGAGGAUGGCAAGGAGAAUGUCGAUCCACCAUUCCCUGGUACGCAAGUAACUGAUGUUUCUAAAGCCCAUGGAACUCCACAUCCUCCAAAUUCUCAGCAAGAGGACCAAGAUCAUCAGUUGCAGCAUCAAAUCGCAGAGCAGCAGCACUUGUUAGAAGGGGGAGAGCGAAGACCAGAGGAAGAGCAACCUAGACCUCGGCGGGGAGGAUGGACCAAAGGGCGGAAGAGGAAGAGAAGCCCCCGUGAUAACAAUGCACCUAAAGCACCCCUUACAGGUUAUGUGCGCUUCAUGAAUGAAAGGCGGGAACAGUUAAGAGCUGAACGCCCAGAUGUUCCAUUUCCAGAAAUUACCAGAAUUGUUGGCAGUGAGUGGAGCAAGUUGCCUACUCAUGAGAAACAGCGCUACCUGGAUGAAGCAGAUAGAGACAAGGAACGGUACACAAAGGAACUGCAGCAGUACCAGAAAACAGAGGCUUUUCGUUCAUACAGCCGAAAGUCACAGAACCGUCAGAAAGGGAGGCAGCAAAGACAGGAAGGAUCACGUCCAAUCUCCAGUGACCCUGAGAAAGAAUCUGUGUUGAAAGAGAGAUCAGUAUUUGAUAUUCCUAUUUUCACAGAAGAAUUUCUGAAUCACAGCAAAGCACGGGAAACAGAGUUAAGACAGCUUAGGAAAUCCAACAUGGAGCAUGAGGAACGGAACGCAGCACUACAGAAGCAUGUGGAAAGCAUGCGAUCUGCAGUGCAGAGAUUGGAGGCCGAAUUGCAGCAAGAACAGGGGAGGAACACACUGCUACAGCAGCAUUUACAAAAUGUUCGCCAGACUCUUACACACUGCCUGCAAGCCGUCCCUAUCCCAGGUACCACCGAGACACCGACCCUGGAGACAAUUGACUCAUAUAUGAGCCGCCUGCAGAGUGCUGUGCUUACACACCCCAAGGAGAGUGAGGCUCUUAUCUCUGGUGUCAGAGAAGUGUUAAGUCAGCUGGAGGGUUAA